AUGCUGAUAGCUGACCUGGAUUACCAGAUGUCGACCAAGAUAUUUUCGGGAAAUCAAAACUUCAGAUGCGCUAUGUGUGGCGAGCAGGGAAGCUUCGGCGCCCAAUACUCCACUCAGACCGCCUGUACACGGCUGCGAAUAUUCAGCCCCCCAUGUCCCCCAUGUAUCACACUCGAAGCUCUGGACCGCCAGAUUGCUGAGACCCGUGCUUUUCUCGCACAUAUGGAAGCACACCGUGCCACCGUUCUACCUGACAUCAACGCGUCUCACGACCCCCUCACGGACCUCCUGCCGACCGAGAUUGCAUCUCGAAUUUUCGUUUCCUGUAUGUAUGACCUUGAAGAAGGAGAAGAACUCGAUCACCACGUCCCGUUGACACUUUCUAGUGUUUCAAGGCGCUGGCGGGAUAUAGCCAGGUCGACCGCGCCUCUGUGGGCAUACGUUCGCGUUGGACUCGACUCGGUGGGCAACCAGCAGGAGUACCAAGAAAUUCUUCACCAGUGGCUAUCCCGCUCCAGAGGAUUUCCGCUUUCAGUCGUUGUCCAUGUCAAAUAUUGCGAUCCGAAUGAUACCAAGAAGUGGGCUUUCUGUCGGACCAUCAUACGGAUUCUAAAUGCCCACUCCUCUCGGUGGACAGACCUUUGCGUUAUUAUGCCUCUUCAUCUCAUUACUAUUCUUGAUGGACGUGCUCCCAAUCUUCGGCAGCUCUCGAUUACCCCUCCUUACAGCCUUGAGGACUACUCUGGACCCGCCUAUUUCUGCGUCUCGAUCCCCUACCCUGCCCCAAAUACUGUGUUUCUCACACAAUGCAGACUGGAGAACUUUAAAAUCGAGUGGCAGAAUGUUACGAAAGUAACGCUUUCUGCCAUCCUGAUCAAUGAAUGCCUCGAAGUCUUCAAAAUGGCACCCCUGCUCCAGGAAUGUGCGCUAUACGACGUCGAAGAAAGCCCAGUCGUGGUCUCAUACCCGGAAACUCCGAUCAUUCUUGAACACCUUACGACGAUGGACGUUGAAGUUACAACCAGUUCCACAUCUCUUUUCUUUGACAACAUCGUCGCACCAUCCCUGAAUUCGCUAUUUUAUCGUGGGGACAAACAAAGCCUUAACCCACUGACGUCUCUCGUCCGCCGGUCGUCUUGUCAGAUAAAGUCGCUAACUGUCUAUGAAUUCGACCCAGUAGAACACGAGGCCGAACUUUGCGAGCUCCUCUGGGCACUCCCCGCUCUAGAAAGUCUUGGCCUCUCCUCUAUCUAUCUUUCGAACGAGAUCUUCGAGCUACUCAGCCGAUCGGCCCAAGUCCCGGGAGAGGAAGGACAGAAAGAAACCCAAUUCCUCCCUUUGCUUAGGAAACUCCGUAUCCGUGUUCCAGCAGGUCCGCCGCGAUUCUCGUGGUCCGCUGUCCGCAGCACCAUACAAACGCAGCUAUUUCUUGAACGAUUCCACCUUGAUGUACGGGUGGAUAAAGGCGACAAAGGCUGCUACAUAGAUGAGGCUAGUCUCGAUUUUUUCCAACGCCUCGUCGAUGGGGGUUUCCAUAUGUCAAUCUGGAACGAAAGGUGGGUGGGAUCUCAUGAUGUCAUAGCGUAUUCUAGGGAUUACUAUGCAGGACGCAAGAUGCCACUUACCAUUACUGGUGCAUAA